AUGGCGGCGCCGCCGAGCCCGGUUCGCGGCGCGGCGUCGCCGGAGCAGGAGCCGUUCGGCGCCAGGGCCGCCCCGGACGCGAAGGCCUCGCGCGGCUCCCAGCCGGCCGCCAAGAAGCUGAAGGGCGCCGAGGAGCGGAGCCUGAAGGGCGCCAAGCGCCUCAACGGCGAAGGGGGCGGCGGCGCGAGCGGCAGGCAGCCGCCGCCGGCCGCCGUGCCCGGCUACAGCCUCCCCGCGGCCUGGAGCUUCCCCGCGCUGCAGCCCGGGCCCUCGGCGGCCGCGGGCGCCUUCGCCUUCCCGCCGCCGCUGCCGCGGAAGCUGCUGCCGCCCGCCGUGCUGCUGCCGGCGCCGUCGGCCGCCUUCGCGCAGCACCAGCACCGCCACCACCGGCACGGCCUGGCCGCGGCCGCCGAGGCGGGCGGCAGCGCCAGGCCCAAGAGGCCCAAGGAGAAGCGCGACAAGGAGAGGAGGAAGCACGGAGCGCUGCCCGCGCUGGCGGCGGGCGGCGAUGGCGGCGGCGCGGCCCGCGAGGAGAACGGCGACGUGAAGCUGCUGCUGCAGAGAGCUCAAAUCAAAGACAAAAUAAAAGAAAGGGAUAAGAAGCARAAAGAGAAGAAGAAGCACAAAAUAAUGAAUGAAAUCAAGAAAGAAAACGGGGAGGUCAAAUUAUUGCAGAAAGGUGGGAAGGAGAAACCAAAAACCAAUGCAGAAGAACUACAGAUUAAAAAAGUUAAGAAGAAAAAGAAAAAGAAACAUAAAGAGAAUGAAAAAAGGAAGCGUCCAAAAAUGUACAGCAAAUCCAUUCAGACCAUCUGCUCAGGAUUGGUUUCUGAUAUUGAGGAUCAGGAAGCCAAAGGCAUCAUAGAUGAUCAUCUUAAGGAUUUCAAUGGGAAAAAUAUGGAUCCCAAGAAGGACUAUGAGUCCAAGAUACCAGAGAACAGUGAGUUUCCAUUUGUCUCGUUAAAGGAGCCACGGGUUCAAAAUAAACUCAAAAGGUUGGACACAUUGGAGUUCAAACAGCUGAUUCAUAUUGAGCACCAGCCUAACGGAGGUGCAUCAGUUAUCCAUGCCUACAGUAAUGAACUCUCCCACUUAUCUCCUGUGGAGAUGGAGAGAUUUGCAGAAGAGUUUGUGGGUCUGGUUUUUAGUGAAAAUGAAAACUGUGCAGCUUACUAUGUAAUGGGUAUUGUUCAUGGGGCAGCUACUUACUUACCUGACUUUUUAGACUACUUUUCAUUUAAUUUUCCCAAUUCACCAGUGAAAAUGGAGAUUUUGGGAAAGAAAGAUAUAGAGACAACGACAAUGUCAAAUUUUCAUGCUCAGGUAAAAAGAACAUACUCUCAUGGUACUUAUAGAGCUGGCCCAAUGAGACAGAUCAGCCUAGUUGGAGCAGUUGAUGAGGAAGUGGGGGAUUACUUUCCUGAAUUCCUUGAUAUGUUGGAAGAAUCACCUUUCUUAAAAUGUACACUGCCGUGGGGAACACUUUCUAGUUUAAAAUUAGAGAGUCGUAAAGACAGUGAUGAUGGUCCCAUCAUGUGGGUACGUCCAGGAGAGCAGAUGAUCCCUGUGGCUGACAUGCCAAAGUCACCUUUCAAAAGGAAGAGAACUACCAAUGAAAUAAAAAACUUGCAGUACCUACCUCGAACCAGUGAGCCCCGUGAAAUGCUCUUUGAGGACCGGACGCGAGCCCACGCAGAUCACAUAGGCCAAGGUUUUGAACGGCAGACUACAGCUGCUGUGGGAGUGCUGAAGGCUGUGCACUGUGGAGAGUGGUCUGAGCAGCCUCGUAUAACCAAAGAUGUAAUUUGUUUUCACGCUGAAGACUUCUUGGAGGUAGUUCAGCGAAUGCAGUUAGAUUUGCACGAGCCUCCACUCUCACAGUGUGUCCAGUGGGUUGAUGAUGCAAAACUUAAUCAACUGCGAAGGGAAGGUAUUCGAUAUGCCAGAAUUCAAUUAUUUGAUAAUGACAUUUAUUUUAUUCCGAGGAAUGUUGUACACCAGUUCAAAACAGUUUCAGCUGUGUGCAGCUUGGCUUGGCAUAUCCGACUCAAGCUGUAUCAUUCAGAGGAAGAACUUUCCCAAAAUACAAAUACUGUUGAAGCAGGAACAUCUGCAGACCCCAAGUCUUCGGUUAUUGGACUUCAGACAGACAACAGAAUUUGCACGACAAGCAAAAAUACCUCCGAAGACACCAAAUUUUCAGAUACUCUGCAGACAAAGUAUCUGCAGCAGGAACUUACAUCAAUAAAACAUCAACCUAUUGCAUCUCACCGAGUAAAAGAAGAAUCCAUGAAUGUUGAUCUGGCCGGAAAGACAGUGGCACCUAAUGACACGGAGGGCCAGAAUGUUCAGACUAGGUUGGAUCACGUUGAGCUGACACCAUUUAAGUUUGAAGUGGAUUCUAAAUUUGAACCUGGCAACAAGGACAUAAAAGACAAGAUAUGUCCUGGAAGUCACAUACACCCGGAUGAUACGAGACAACACAGUUCGUCAUAUCCAAAUCUGCAUGGACAAAGAGAGGAUGAUUUUUUGUGCUAAAUUUGUAUAUAUGGUUUUAAAUUCCUUUUUAAACUUAAUGACGUAAUAAUGUAAAGAUUCAUAAAAUUCUGUGGGGCAAGUUUGUGACUUGUCUUCGCAUCUGUUACAGAAAAUAGUUAUGUAGCUUUGUAACAUUCCUCAGUGCCUGUCCAUAACUGUGAAGUAUCAAAGCACUUAGGGCCAGAUGCACUGUAAACACUGCAGGUUUAACAUAAAGAAGUCUUUAAAUAAUUUUGAGUUGUAGGUUUUAGAGUAGAGCUGACAUUUAACAUAUAUAUUUUUUGUAAGAUGAGCCAGAAUUCUUUUUGACAAUUCCAGGCUUUUCCAUAGAGCUUAUUUAUACCAAUUUUUUCAUUUUAAAUGUGUCAGCACUGUAGUGUAAAUAUCUUUUUUAAAAAUCUUUUUAGUGUGAUUUAUACUGAAAUGUGAGCCGCUUAAUAAAGGUUCAUAAUAACAAAUUGGUUUUAUUUUUGGGUCUGCAAAAAAAUAAUUCAGUUAAAGCUGCCUCUUUAAAUGGUUAUGUUUCUACCUGCACUAAUGCAUAGGAUGCCCUUCCUCCCUUCCGGAGCGAGGAGCUGUAGCAAACCAAGGUAGAGUUGAGGCAUUCCUUGUAAAUCGAGAAUAUUCAGAGUGGAAGAUCAGCCCUCCCUUCGCCAGGUUUCUGACUGUUGAGGCGCUCCCUGAACCGCUGUGGCCAGGGGAGCGGAGAGGCCGCCCUUCCCGCCCGCCAUUUUGUGCUGUGGUGGCCGCCUCUCUGUGGGUGAGCAGGGCCGAGGGAGCAGACGCCCUCGGGUGCUYGUUUUCUGCCCUUUACAGGCCACAGUUGAGCUUUUACUUCAAAAUGUGAAGGGGAUCUGUUUUCUUGAAUCACUUAGCUGACUAAAGUAGGGUAGAAACUAUUUCUGACUGCAGGAUGGCCUCCAUUUUAGCAGCGACCCACAACUCCCGAGGCGUGUUUGCAUCUGAGUUGCUCCAUACGCCGGUAGUGUGAGGCAAUAAAGAUGCUYACCAGUAUUCCCAGUAGGAAGACUCCGCAUGAGUCUCAGUUUGGAAGUAAAAGCUAUUUAAAUAAGAAAAUAACCAUGGCGUCCAAGUUACCUGCUCACCUCACCGCACGCUUCUAGAGCGCUAGUUGUGCCAAGCYGUAUUCUGAGGGAAGAAGACUUUGAGGCUAAGCUAACAUCCAAUGUGGUAAUAGCAAACACUCUGUAAUUUAACUUAUUUAAUUCUGUGUGUAACAUAUUGCUGUAUAGCUCAAACACAUCUGAACYCUAUUUCAGGUAGCUACAGAUAGCAGUAAGCUGCCCUGCAGUGUGUCCUUCAACUAAAUAUUUAAAACUUAAGAUCCUAAGCCUGUUGUUCUUUUUAAGUAUCUUUGAUUUUUUURUUGUUGUUUUUUUCCCAUAUAAGUUGCUAAAAGUACAUCCUUUUGUGCCCAAGUUAUAACCUUUGAUACACUUUAAUGAUCACUUUUGGCUUUAUUUGUAGCAAUAGACCAAUGUGAUUUCUUUUCCAGGCGAUGUCUAGUCCAACUACCUGAGGCCCUUUCAUUGUUGCAAAUGUGUUUUCCUCGCAAGGCUGGUAUAAUUGAAGAUGUUACUUCAUACUUAUGCAUGGCACUGGCAUCAGGCAUUUAACUUGAUGAGUGCCCUAAUUUGUUUAAUCUGAAAUAGAUCUGUCAAGGAAUUGUUAAUCAACAUUUGAAUUCCUAAGCAUUACUCCUGCAUAGCCAUAACUACGUAUUAGAGAAGCAAUAGAAACUCUUGGAUGUGGCUARUAUUUCCUUAAGAGUCAUUGCUAUUUUCAUUAAUGCUGGUUAAGAAAUUACUACCAGUUCUGCAGCCUCAGGGAUCUUGCUUUUUUCUCACUCCAUAAGCAAGUGGUUCGUGUGGCAUGGUAAGUUAUAUUAGCCUAGCACGUUCUGAUUUGAAAAACAAAUUAUUUCACUUACCUUGAGUCUUCUCAACAGAAAUACAAUCUCAGCUCCUCUUGUUUUCUGGGUUUUCUGUAAACUUCCUCCCGUGAUGUCAGUGGCUUCACGAGCACAUGCACAAGUUUGUAGCCUCCAUUUCCCUUCUGUGCGCCAGCUGUCCGAGAAYAGGAAAAGGGAAGAGGUUCACAUUUUAGUUUGCACCAGGCAUGCAGCUUAUGAGGUGGGUUAGCAGGGGGCUCCAGCUUCAUCAAAUUUACUCCGCAGAUGCUGGUUUUGUUGUUGUUUAUUUGUUAGSUGAUUUGUCUCAUUGAUACACUGGUGAUCCCAUGUUGAUUCUUUGUUAUGGUUCAAACAUUUUUCAUUAGUUUCAGAUUUUACUAAAAAAUAUGCAUAUCCCCARUGACAAACCAUGUUCUGCAUCACAGGUCUUGUCCAUACUGAGAAAAAAUGAUCUUUAGAAAUAGUUUAGCACAUAUAUAUGUGUGCACUUCAAGCUUAAUCCCCCCACUUUUUUUUCCCCCCAUUUAAAAACCUGCUCACUCUCUUGGCCUCAGCCGUAGCUGCUCAGGUGUGUCAUGGCUCUGCAACUUUGCCUCUUCUGAGCAACCUGAUUUUUUUUUCAGAGUUUUAAAGUGUAUUGAUUCUCACAGCAUCCUUUAAUUUUUUUUGAGACAAACUAAAUCCCAAUUUGUGGACAGAAUUCCUUGUGAACAAAAUAUGAAGAGCUGCAAUUACCAAUUGCUGUGAGAAUUUCCUUUGUAUUUGAAGGUGUAAAAAUUUUGGGUUGAGUAACUAUAUUAAUAUAUACUUCUUAGUUUGCUUAAAAAAGAAAAGCUGAUUUUGUCCUCUACCUGUAAUGUAAUCAUUUUGAUGUGGUUGCUUUUUAAGAGGGGAGUACCUUUUCUGAGAAUCUUGGCUCCCAAAUAGUUCACUUGUCUGACAAAAGUCUUGCUUUGAUUUCAAGUGGUCCUGUGCUAUAAUUUUUAUUCCUGCCACAUACAACUUCAGACUUUUGCUUCAGCAAUAAAUCUUUCAUGCCUUCUGAUGUACUGGAAUUAGUCUUUGCUUGUUGCUUCCUCCCUGGAUUUUCAGUUUUAUGUAGAGCUUUUUCUAUUAACUUAUUUUCAAUGAUAUUUCCCAUAUUUUAGGUUUUUCUUUUGGCUCUUUGCUCUUCUGCAGACUGGAUAAAUCUGCCUAAGGCCUAUUGACUCUAAUGCAGUGGUAUUCAACCUGCGGGCUUGCAGUAGUGCUCCCGUUAAAGCUGAGAUGUGCAGAACUUCAGAAAUGUUUCCCUAGAGACUGGCACCUUAUUUGUGGGUAGUUCCUACUAGUGGCAGCARCUUCCCUUUUCACUGC